UGAUCACUCCCCACCUCCAAGUUCCUACAUAGCCACCAACAACUCUGUGUGUGUGUGUGUGAGAGAGAGAGAGAGAGAGAGAUGGCUGCUACGUCUACUGCAGUGCUAAAUGGGUUGGGCUCACCCUUCUUGACUGGUGGAAAGAAGAGCCAGACCCUAUUGUCUGCUCCCAUUGCAGCUAGAGUUGGUGGUGCUGUGGCUUCUCCCAAGAGGUUCAUUGUGGUUGCUGCUGCACCUAAGAAGUCUUGGCUUCCUGGUGUUAGAGGUGGUGGCAACUUGGUUGACCCCGAGUGGCUCGAUGGGUCCCUCCCUGGUGACUAUGGUUUUGAUCCAUUAGGCCUAGGCAAGGACCCAGCAUUCCUGAAGUGGUACAGAGAGGCUGAGCUCAUCCACGGCCGGUGGGCAAUGGUGGCGGUUGUCGGCAUCUUCGUGGGUCAGGCCUGGAGUGGUAUCCCAUGGUUCGAAGCUGGAGCUGACCCCGGUGCCCUUGCACCCUUCUCCUUUGGCACUCUCCUUGGCACCCAACUUCUCCUCAUGGGAUGGGUUGAGAGCAAAAGAUGGGUAGAUUUCUUCAACCCUGAAUCACAGUCUGUGGAAUGGGCCACUCCAUGGUCAAGAACGGCCGAAAACUUCGCCAACGCCACCGGUGAACAAGGCUAUCCAGGCGGCAAAUUCUUCGACCCACUGGGCCUUGCUGGAACAAUCAAGAAUGGUGUCUACAUCCCCGACACCGAGAAGCUCGAAAGACUGAAGCUGGCAGAGAUCAAGCAUGCAAGGAUUGCGAUGGUGGCAAUGCUAAUUUUCUACUUUGAGGCAGGGCAAGGGAAAACACCCCUUGGAGCUCUUGGUUUGUAAGGGGGAUAAAUUUACAUCUAUGUAA